AUGUUUAGAAGGCAUUCUCUUGAUGUCACAGAUAUCGUGCGUCCCGCGGGUCAAAACUUGCUUGCUGUUCUUGUUCACCCUCCAGAUCAUCCUGGGAGCAUUCCUCCGAAGGGGGGGCAAGGUGGUGAUCAUGAGAUUGGUAAAGAUGUUGCCACUCAAUAUGUGGAAGGUUGGGACUGGAUAGCUCCUAUAAGGGAUAGAAACACUGGCAUAUGGGAUGAGGUAUCAGUUUAUGUUACUGGGCCAGUAAAAAUAAUUGAUCCCCACUUGGUUUCAUCAUUCUUUGAUGGUUACAAGAGAGUGUAUUUGCAUGCUACAACAGAGUUGGUAAAUAAAAGUGCCUGGGUUGCAGAGUGCUCUUUGAACAUCCAAGUGACAAUAGAGCUCGAAGGCAGCAUGUGUUUGGUAGAGCAUCUCGAAACUCAACAUGUGUCAAUCCCAGCUGGAUCACAGAUACAAUAUACGUUUCCCCAGCUCUUUUUCUACAAGCCUAAUUUAUGGUGGCCCAAUGGCAUGGGAAAGCAAUCAUUGUACAAUGUUGUUAUUACAGUUGAUGUAAAGGGUCAUGGAGAGUCUGAUUCGUGGAGCCAUUUAUUUGGAUUCCGCAAAAUCGAGAGCCAUAUUGAUAGUGCCACAGGUGGCAGGCUGUUCAAGGUCAAUGGCCAGCCUAUUUUUAUACGUGGGGGUAACUGGAUAUUAUCAGAUGGAUUACUUAGGCUUUCAAAGAAGCGUUACAGCACAGAUAUUAAGUUUCAUGCUGAUAUGAAUUUAAACAUGCUCCGCUGUUGGGCCGGUGGAUUGGCUGAGAGGCCAGAAUUUUAUUAUUAUUGUGAUCUCCAUGGUCUGCUGGUAAUCUCUCUCUAUCUUCUCUCUGAACUCAUCUGGCUUCUCUGCAUGCAUUUAUGGGCUUGAUGUUGUGGGGGGAGGGAGAAGUCAAAGGGCUUGUUCUUUUAGAGUAAAACUCAAAGAAAGUUUGAACUCAAGUUACAA